AUGCAAGUAUUAAUUAAAGAACCAUCCGACCAUUCACAUGCAUCUGAUCCAGAUCGACUUCACGUCAUUCGACUUAAAAAUGAAAUUAAACUUCGUGGUGCAUCAUCAGAUGAAGGAGCCAGUACGAUAUCAUUUGAUUUAUUACGUACAACUCCAUUAACAGCAACUCCUGGUUUACCAACAAAUGAUGCAUUGUUGCAAAUAAUUCAUCGUGGACGACUAGCUAUACAACUUGAUCAUCACGGUCGUUUACCUCUUAUAUUAUUACGUCAAACUGAUCGUGAUGAAAGCUUCGUCUUAUAUGAAGAUGAUUCUAUGGUUAUAUUUACAUGUGAUAAAAAUCUAUCAGUUUUAAAUCAAUGUAAACAUUGGUUAAUGAACGGGACAUUGAGUAUAUGUCCCAAAAGUUAUUAUCAAUUAUUUACUGUUCAUCGCAUGUAUUCAUUUCAAAUUAUUCCACUUGUAUAUGUUUUACUUAUUGGAAAAGAUACAAAUGAUUAUAAUAAUUUUUUUCAACAACUGUUAUUAAAGUAUGAUCAUGAACCUGAACCUAUUUUAGUUGAUUUUGAAAGUGCUACACUUAAAUCGACUAAAUCAUUUUUUCCAGAUGCUAUUCAAAUUGUUAAUUUUUUAUACAAAAUUUUGUGUCAGCGAAAAAUUACUUUCGCUAUAAAUAUAGGUUGCUUAUUUCACUUCGGACAAUGUUUGUGGCGAGAAAUGGAGUCAUUAGGUCUUCAAAACAAGUAUACCGAUGAUGAUAAAUUUAGAAUGAACGUGAAAAAACUUAUGGCUCUUGCAUUCGUACCUGUUCCUGAUGUUCUUAAAGCUUAUUCAUCGAUGAUUAAUGAUUUUAAUGAUGAAAAUUAUUCCUUAGUUGAUUAUUUCAAACUAGUUUGGGUUGGUAAAAAGAAGGGAAAAGGUCUGUAUCAUUUUAGACUUAUGUGUUUGAUGUAUUUAAUAGUCUAUAACGCUAAUUUAGGUAGUCAACGCAGUAAACCAAAAUAUAGUUUACUAUUAUGGAAUAUUUAUGAACGAGUUACACAAGACUUACCAAGAUCCAAUAAAGCUGUCGAGGGAUGGCAUCAUGCAUUCAAUAGUGGUGUUUCAAUUAAACAUCCUUCUAUAACUAAACUUGCAAAAUGUAUAUUACGUGAACAAUCUAGAUUUGAAAUCGAUAUUGAAAAACUCCGUGCAGGUGAACAACUAAAGAAAGAAAAGGAAAGUUUAUGCAAAUUUUGA